GUUCACCCAUCUCUACAUCGACAUACAUACGCCUUUUCUCCAGUUGGCCCAUCGGCCCUCUCACCACGCACCAAAGGCGUGCUUAUGUUCACUUGACGCUUUUCCUCGUGCCCUAUUCGCCUUCCUGCCGUCCCUGGCCCCCAUCCGCGCCUCAGUGCGGCCCAUCACACUUUUCUUCUCGAAGGCUUUGUUUUGAACGUGUUCCACGCCCGCUGGCCAAGCCAAGGACCGGCUCUGCUCUGACCGUGCAAGCGAACUUGAGCCGGGUUGUGCUGACUCCAAUCAAACGCAGAUAGGGAACACCCCACUGUCAUCUUCACUGCAACAUGCCUAGUCCCGUAUUGGCAGCGACCAGCGCGGCAAGGAAUCACAUGCUCCCCAUCGCAUCUCGCACCUCAAGGUCCCACUGGCUGCAGACCUUGGUCUUCGGCAUCUUCUUCAAUGUCGCGAUCAUUGCGCUCAACACGAGCCAGUUUAUCUUUCUGCCCCUCUCCUUUCUCCCCUCCACACAGCCGCUGUACGAGAAAUUUGUCGCAUACACCAAGCACAGCUUUGGCGUCCUGCUCGUCUCCAUCAGCCAGCUCUUUGCGCCUACGACGAUCGUGCUGAGCUUCACCGAUGCGCAGGGCCGACCCAUCGAUGCGCAAAAGUUCGUCAUACGCGAUGAGAACAGACGUGGUCCGGAUGGACUGGGUACAGUCACGCAGGUCAAGAUGCCGGACCGCAGCGUCUGGAUUUCGAAUCAUCAGGUCUAUGUAGAUUGGCUGUACCUCUGGUGCGUCGCUUACUACGCCAACAUGGCGGACAGCAUCAUCAUCAUCCUCAAAGCAUCGCUGAAGAAGGUUCCCUUUGUUGGCUGGGGCAUGCAAUUCUUCCGCUUCAUCUUCCUGGCGCGAAAUUGGCAGGCCGAUCGUAUGCCACUGGCUAAACACCUUUCUUUUUUAGCCGAGCGCUCGCAUUCGCAGCACGACAAAACCGACAAGAAGAGGCAAGACGAUAAUGUAGCAGAUGCGAAGGCAGCACGUGCGUCGCCAGCCAAGCUGCUCCUGCUCAUCUUUCCGGAGGGCACGAUCUUCACCGCUAAUACCAAGGCGCAGAGCGACAAGUACGCACAAAAGAUGGGCUACAAGAACGAGCUGAAAUAUACCGUCUUGCCGCGCAGCACCGGCCUCUUAUUUUGUCUACGUGCUCUCGCAGCUGACAUAGACGACCUAUGGCUAGUGGACUAUACAAUUGGAUAUCCGGGCAUCGCGCCAACAGGCUACGGCGAAGACUACUACACACUACGCUCCGUCUUCAUGCAAGGUGUCCCUCCUCCGCGCGUACACCUCAACUGCAUCAUGACACGUGUGACUGCUCCAGAUGACGGCGCAAAGUCGGGGCCAUCCGUAGAUAGCAUGGCGACGUUGGGUGGCAGCGUAGCGGCAGCAGCAGUUGGGACAGACGCCCUUGCCGAUCACCCGCCUUUGGGCCGCCUUGCUUCCAGCGGCAAGGCUAGUGGAACAAAGGAGAACGAGCCGACAAAGGAGGAGCAGGAGUGCUUUGCUGCAUGGUUGCGCGAGCGCUGGGCUGUCAAGGAUCGGCUGAUGGACUCGUUUAACCGCGAUGGGGACUUUGUUCAUGGCGCAUAUACCCGCCGCCUGCAGCGUGACGGCACGCAAGGGCUUGAGAAGCUCAUAACCCCACAAUUUUUCGAGAUCCCCGUUGAGCUUCGUUCGCCGUUGGAACUAGGCCAUGCUUUCGUCUGGGGCCUGCCGGUGUGGGUUGCUGCUGGCGUUAUCCAAGGUUACAAGGCGCUGAAAGGAUAAGGAAAGAUUAAAUCGUAAAAAUAGGUGAGGAAAGUAAGUUAAAGGCACUACUCAGUCAGCUGUAGCGUAGUGAAAACCUGCGAAGGGGUUCUAUUUAUCUCGCGGAUGGUUAGACCAUCAUCCUUCACCC